CAAGACCAGAGGGAGCUCAGUCACUACCUCCCCACCGAGCCAGCCCCGCCAGGCAGGGCUGGGAAGGAGUGGGACCGAUUCUGAGAGAGCCGCGGGGAGGAGUCCUGGCUGGGCUGAGUGUGGGGAGCUGCUUGGCAGUGCCAGAGCCCAGGCCCCAGAGCCUUGCAGGAGAGAAGGUGGACCGAGAAGGCAGGCCCCGCGAGGCGUGAGGCAGGGAGAUGGCAGACAGCUACACGGAGCUGGAGAAGGCGGUCGUCGUCCUGGUGGAAAACUUCUACAAAUAUGUGUCCAAGCACAGCCUGGUCAAGAACAAGAUCAGCAAGAGUAGCUUCCGGAAGAUGCUUCAGAAAGAGCUCAACCAUAUGCUGACGGACACGGGGAACCGAAAGGCUGCUGACAAGCUUAUCCAGAACCUGGAUGCCAAUCAUGAUGGGCGCAUCAGCUUUGAUGAGUACUGGACCUUGAUAGGGGGCAUCACGAGCCCCAUCGCCAACCUCAUCCGCCAGCAGGAACAGCAAAGCAGCAGCUAGAGGACCCCAUCCCCCUGCCCCCACACCGUCCCCAACCCCAAUGCUCUUCCUAGGCUCCCUCCUCAGCCUCCUCUGCCCACCCAGGCCCCUGUCCUCUCUUCUCUCUCUAGACCUACUGACCUUGGCUGAACAGGGGCAGAGCAGGGAUGUCAGGGUCCCUUUGUGAGUUUCUCAGUCUGGGGGUGCCGCCUUGAGGGUCUCAGUCCCUGGAGCCAGCAGGCCCUGGUGCACCUCUGCAACAAUGCUGUCUGGGGCCCCAAGCAUUUUCCCACCUGUUCAGUCCAGCUGCCUUUCUAACCUCAGAUGUUCCUGCCUGAUCCUGGGUACACAGGCUCUCUCUUGACCUUUUGAGGUCAGCCUGCUUCUUCAGGUCUUCCUGCUCUCUGGGGAGCACCAGCAGAGACCUCUCCCCUUUCCCUCGGCUCCUCUGCUGAGUAUGGAGACUUCCUGAAACUGCCCUGCAGCUGCCUCUGGGUCUGGGGACAGCUAAGUGGGGCUGAGUCUCCUCCCUCUUCCUCAGCCACUGAAAUGGGCAAUAAAGGCUGGAUUUGGUGUUUGUGUCCCCCUCACCCAGUCCCUUUGUCAUGUUCAUUAAAACCUUUCCACUUCUGGGCACCUUCUCAUGCCUUGGUGAUCUUUGCCCCGGGCCCAGAGGCAAAGGGGUGGCAAGGGCAAAUUGCCCAAGGAACCCCAAGGGCAGAACAAGAAAGAGGUAGAAGCGGGGUGGGGAAAUGUGCCUGGGCUGUGGGAUGGAAAUCCUGUGAAAUCAGAUUGUUAUGAUCGUUAUACAACUACAGAUGUGAUAAAUUCAUUUGAGUAAUUUAAAAAAUAAAAUAAAUGAAUUAAAAAAAAAAAAAGAAAAGAAAAAAAGAAAGAGGUAGAACACUGGGAUCCCAGCAGGUACUUCAGGCCUGGGCCAGCAACUCCUUCCUCCUCCACUGAGGGGCCAAAGGCCAUAUGUCACCGUCUCCGGGCCUUCAAAGCCCAGACGCAACUCAUAUUCAGCUUCCAGGAGCACAGUGUAUGCUAUUUAGUCUGCACUGCAAUUCCAUGAGAGAGGGGCCGUGACCUUCAGACUCGAGUCAUGAAUAACACUGAGACUCUGAAUUCUCAUUAGCCGGUUAUUCUAAUACACAGAGAAGUUGAUGGGAUAAGAAAGUGGGAUGCAAAGAAAGAGGGAUGUGGGAGGCCGGAGUUGGAACUUGUAGCUGCUGGAGGGGACGAUGCCAGCUUCUCUUGUUUCUCCCUUGCUCUUGCCCUAAGGGAGCCCCUGCCAUGGAAAGACAGCACAGACCCCCAAGGGAAGGCAGAGAAAUAGAUCAGAGAAUCCAGACUGCAGGGCUCCAGAUCAGUGGUUUUCAACCUGGGGCAGCGUACCCCAAGGUUUAAGAUUUUUCAAAAGAUGCACAGGCAUCUUUUUACUGGAAUCCAUUGCAGAUCAUCAACUUUCUAGAAGUGACCUGCCUCAGAACGGGCUUGCAGUCAAGGCCGUGCGCUGGCCUUCUUUUCCGUCUUGCCUUCACUGCAAACUUUGCCCAGUUAAAAAUGAAAAGAGUAUCCUUUACCUGUCCUGGGGAUUAUAAUGCUACCUUGACUGAACGAUGAAGAACCCAUUUACCAUAUAAAUAUCAUAUAUGUAUAUACACACACACAUAUAAAAUGUAUAUAAUAAAAAGUACACAAAAUCA